AUGCUCAUAGGAAUAUUGGAUAAGAUAAGUGGAUGUUUAAAACAGUUUGAAAGAGUUUGGGAUAGAAUAAAACUAGUCGGUGAUAACACUAGAGAUUUCUUUUUAAUUAAACAUUUAUCAACAAUAAGACCUUGUUUUAUAGAUAAAUCAGUUGAUUUUACAAAUCAAAUUGUCAGUGAAUUUAAUAAUAAAAAUAACAAUAUUUACAGAAUGAAAUUUUUAAGAAAGAUAUUUGAUUUGGUUGAUGACAAGAAUGAAUUUUAA